AGACAGAGGCAAGGCUGUUGUGCCGCGAAAGUUAGCAUGCCCUAAAAGUUGAACGGAGCUGAGAGAGCAACGGCGCAAGGGCGAGUGUGUGUAAGAUGGGAACCUCUGCAAACGCCGCUCCCGGUGGUCGAGGCGCCCCUGUUCCCAAAGACGUUGACUUCGCCAAUUACUUCUGCACCUAUGCUUUCCUCUACCACCAGAAGGAUAUGCUCUCGGAUCGUGUUCGCAUGGACGCUUACUUCAACGCCAUCUUUGAGAACAAAAACCACUUCGCUGGCAAGACUGUUUUGGAUGUGGGGACUGGAAGUGGCAUUCUUGCUAUAUGGUCAGCGCAAGCGGGUGCGAGGAAGGUGUAUGCAGUGGAAGCGACGAAGAUGUCAGAACAUGCCCGUGCACUAGUCAAAGCGAAUAAUCUCCAGAAUGUAGUUGAGGUCAUCGAGGGAUCAAUGGAGGAUGUUACCUUGCCUGAGAAAGUUGACGUGAUCAUCUCUGAGUGGAUGGGUUAUUUUCUUCUGCGAGAAUCCAUGUUUGAUUCAGUUAUACAUGCUCGUGACCACUGGCUCAAACCGACAGGAGUGAUGUAUCCUAGUCAUGCUCGCAUGUGGAUGGCACCCAUCAGGACUGGGAUAGUUGAUCACAAAUCAGGAGAAUAUGAAUCAACUAUGGAUGAUUGGAACAACUUCGUUGAUGAAACAAAAACCUAUUAUGGUGUUGAUAUGAGCACUUUAACAAAGCCUUUUUCAGAUGAGCAAAGAAAAUACUAUCUUCAGACAUCUUUGUGGAACAACCUUCAUCCACAUCAAGUCAUUGGAACUGCUGCCAUAAUAAAGGAAAUUGAUUGUUUAACUGCCACAGUGGCUGACAUAGAAAAAGUUAGAUCAAACUUUUCUUUGUCAAUAACCAUGGAAAACGCAAAGUUGUGUGGAUUUGGAGGGUGGUUUGAUGUACAUUUUUGGGGAAGAAGUGAGGAUCCAGCUAAACAGGAGAUUGAGUUAACUACAGCUCCUAGUGUGGAUUACGGUACACAUUGGGGCCAACAGGUUUUUCUUUUGCAUCCUCCUAUGAAUCUCAGUGAAGGUGAUGAUUUAAAGGUUUCUUUUCUGAUGAGUCGCUCAAAGGCGAAUCAUCGUUUGAUGGAGGUUGAACUUGGAUGUGAGAUUCAUCAGCAUUCCGGCAAGCUACUUGCACCUUUCAAAAAUAAGUACUACAUUGAGUAACAAUUUGGAUUCCAAAUUCUAGGGACUACAGGAUACAUGUCAGAUUCUAUUGCUCUUCAUGCUUUGAAUGAUGAUAUCAUAUAAUUAUAUCCCCAGGUCUAUUGUAUCUUUUUGGUGGAAUGGUCUUUUGUAGUCUUCUUUUCCACAA